AUGGUGGCGACGGUCAAGAUCGCCGUGCUGGGGGCCCAGGGCGUGGGCAAGAGUGCCAUAGUGCGGCAGUUCCUCUACAACGAGUUCAGCGAGGUCUGCGUGCCCACCACGGCUCGCCGCGUCUACCUGCCUGCCGUCGUCAUGAACGGCCACGUCCACGACCUGCAGAUCAUGGACUUUCCCCCCAUCACCGCCUUCCCCGUCAACACCCUGCAGGAGUGGGCGGACGUGUGUUGCAGGGGGCUCCGGAGCGUCCAUGCCUACAUCCUGGUCUAUGACAUCUGUUGCUUUGACAGCUUCGAGUACAUCAAAACCAUCCGCCAGCAGAUCCUGGAAACAAGGGUGAUCGGCACUUCGGAGACUCCCAUCAUCAUCGUGGGCAACAAGCGGGACCUGCAGCGGGGCCGGGUGAUCCCCCGCUGGAACGUCUCCAACCUGGUGAAGAAGACCUGGAAGUGUGGCUACAUCGAGUGCUCGGCCAAGUACAACUGGCACAUCCUGCUGCUCUUCAGCGAGCUGCUCAAGAGCGUGGGCUGCGCGCGCUGCAAGCACGUCCACACCACCAUCCGCUUCCAGGGUGCCCUGCGCAGGAACCGCUGCACCAUCAUGUGA